AUGAUGGGCAACGACGGCGACCACCUUCAUGCCGAGGCAUCUCUGAGAUGGCGGCUAGUCCUUGAUGCGUCUGAUGCUGGCAUCGAAGAAGGCCAUGAUGUUGAUCGGCGGCACAUCGGAUCCGGCGAAUGUGGCGUUGAUGGAUUGGGCUCUGAUGCACCUUGUCUAGACUCCAGACUCAGGCAACCGAGGUUAACAUUGCUCAUGGCAGUCAACGACUGGUAG